AUGUCGAGUCUGCACUUCGAUCCUUACAGAGACUCACUAUAUGCAGAUGAUUCGAAGGUCAAUGGCCCUGUUGACUCCGUUGACCGGGUGGGGUAUCCGGCCCGCUCAUGGCAUCAGGUCUGGAAAGCCUUGGCUUGGUCUUCGACAUCGCCCGGUGCAUUAACAUCGAACACAUCUAAACCCAAGUCUCGUCGUGCGCGAUACUGUCAAGGGCUACUAAGCAUUCUUUUCGUCAUAUUGAUCAUGCUAGGCAUCAUCCAAUUUAUCUCCAUCACCUGCGGCAUCGUCCUCUCGUUCUUCCCAGAUGAAUACGACCGCGCUGUUCAUAACUGGCUAUCAAGCUCUGAAACCGUGAAUAUCGCGGGAAACAACCACUGGCCUACCGAUAUCUCGCGCGAUAUCAUCCCCGUCGGCUGUCACUCCCAUAACGACUACUGGCGCCGGGUGCCACUCUACUCCGCGCUGCAAGCAGGAUGCACAGGCGUCGAGGCCGACGUCUGGCUCUUCGACGAUGAACUCUACGUCGGACACACCAGCUCGUCCCUCACAGAGCACCUGACCCUACGAUCCAUGUACAUCGACCCGCUAGUGACCAUCCUCGAGCGCCAGAACCCAAUCUCCAAAUUCCACCCGGGCAUCGAAAGCCCCGCACACGGCGUCUUCGACACAGACCCGUCUCAAAGCUUAAUUCUUCUAAUCGACUUCAAGACCACCGGUCCGGCAACAUGGCACGCCGUGACGAAGCACCUCUCUCCGCUCCGUGACCGCGGCUACUUAACCCACUUCAACGGCGAAGAGAUAAUCCAAGGCCCGAUCACCGUGGUCGGAACGGGCAAUACACCCUUCGAUCUUGUCACCGCCAACACGCAAUACCGGGACAUCUUCUUCGAUGCCCCACUCGACAAGCUUGUCGAUGACGACCAGCCAGACAACUCCCAGCCAGGCGCACGGUCUCCCGUCACACGCACAGAUCUUGGUCAAGGCCAGUCAGGCAUGCCGGAGACUAUCAUGGCAAACACCUUCAACAACACGAACAGCUUCUACGCCUCCGUCUCCUUCAAAAAGGCAAUCGGACAUCCCUGGCCCUUCCACUUCACGCAAAGCCAGAUGAACCGCAUCCGCAGCCAGGUGCGUAUUGCACACCAGAAUGGAUUGAAAGUGCGUUACUGGGCGCUGCCAAGCUGGCCGCGUAGUCUGCGGAACCAUGUCUGGCGGGUCCUUGCGCAAGAAGGAGUGGAUAUGCUUAACGUUGAUGAUCUGGUUGGUGCUACGAAGGGGGAUUGGAAUACGGGCAUCUUCAACUGGUGGCCGUGA